AUGUCUCUGGAGGGCUCAAUUGGAGGAGUUCACAAUGUGGAGCCAGCGGCGGUGGCGGGGUCGGAUCGAUGGUCCGCGGCGCUGAGCAAUGUCUCGCAGAUUGGCGACGUUGUGGAAUCGCUCUCGGGAUUCCUGCUGCACAAGGCCGUGUACAUGGACGAGGAGGCUUUCGGGCAUGCCGCCUCGAAUGCUCGUCAAUCCCGCAGUGCCGUGGCCCAGGAGAGGAGAAUCCGUGCGCUGGAGAAGGAGCUGGAUUCUGCCAUUGCUGCUGCGCGCCAGGCUCGGGUAGAGAAGAAGCGUGCCGAGUCUCUGCAGCGAGCGGCUGAGGCUCACUGUCAGGAGGUGUUGCAAGAGCUUGAGAACACAACAAGUAUGUUAUCUUUGGUUUUUGGUUUGCAACAAUAG